UUUCCGCAGAUUGUCGAUUGAUUCCGCGCUUACUAAAAAAAAAAUAAAAACUGGUGUCGAGCAGUUCGAAAUUUUUUCUAUAUAUGUUCUUCUCAUGCGGAGUUGUUGAUCCGCUUGUGGUGUCUGGAGUCAUCAUUCUGGAUCAACCGACUUCCGUGUUAGAAUGUACCCCGUGCAUGAAGCUGUUUUUGAAGGAGACACGAAGAAAUUGACCCGCCUGCUAGUUGACGGGAAGCAUGAUUUGACCGAGAAAGACAAACAUGAUGCUGUCGAACUUCUUCUGGCUCACAAGGCACCCGCGAAACUGAAGAAUGCACAAGGUUGGAGUGCUUUAGCAGAAAGUGUCAGUUAUGGUGAUCGAGACUUGAUUUCUGUUGUUUUGAGAGCCUUGAAAUUUCAAGCGAAGGAACAAAUUGCCGCACGUAAACCUGAACUUGUUCGGGCACUGAGGGAAAUGCCUGACUUUUACCUCGAGCUCAAAUGGGAUUUUCAUUCUUGGAUUCCUUUGGUUUCUCGAUUGCUGCCUUCGGAUGUUUGCAAAAUUUACAAGAAAGGAGCCACUGUGCGACUGGACUCGACACUAGUCGAUUUCAACGACAUGCGUUGGGAGCGUGGCGACAUCAGCUUUAUUUACAAUGGAGACUUGGAUUCGAGCGAAGCUUUCAUGAUCUUAGAUAACGUUUCUAAAGCCUACCAACGCGUCCGUCGUGAGCCAUGUGGAGAUGAGACUGAGGACGAAAUUGAAGAGGAGGUUGACUUGAUGAUGUCCAGUGAUAUUAUCAUGGUGCAAAUGUCGACGAAAAAUGUUGUCUUUGCGAAGUCGCAGACUGGCUGGAUAUUCCGCGAAGAUCGUAAGGAAUCAGUCGGGAAAUACGCUGCGGAAUUUUAUGACGUCAACGGCCUAGUGUUAAUGGCGAAGAAGCGUCGUGAACAUUUAUCGGAAGCAGACCUCGCAAAGAACAAGGCGAAAGCGGAGCUUUUUUCGAAAAGCUGCAACGGAAACAGUCCUCAGCCCGAGUUUGAUUUAUCCUGUGAUAUUCCGGCGAGGGAUUCCCUGCCGCCGCCACCACCGCCCGGUUUCUGUUGGGCCGAUUACAUGAAGGCGGCUGAGGCACCGCGUGUUGGUCGCCCGAUCGUAUGCAAAGAGUCGUCCAAGUCAUACAAGGCCACUUUGGCUAUGAGUUCGGAGUUCCCACUGACAAUUGAGACCUUGCUGAAUCUUUUGGAAGUUGUCGCGCCUUUCAAAUAUUUCUCCAAGCUCCGGGAUUUUGUUAAUGUCAAGCUUCCUCCGGGUUUCCCUGUGAGGGUCGAUAUACCUGUGGUUCCGACUGUGACCGCAACCAUAACAUUCCAAGAUUUCGCAUUUAGGUCGGAUUUCGAAGAUUCUUUUUUUACCAUCCCUUCCGAUUACGUUGAGGAUCCCAGAAGCUGGCCUCUGGGAUUCGGAGGCUCAGAAUCCGGCCAGGAAUUUUCGCGGCGGAAACCUAACACUGAUCGACCGCGGAAAGAGAAGUCAAAGCGGGAGUUCACGGAUCGCAGAGUGCGCAAACUUAAAAAGCAGCAGGCCUUGGCCAGGUCUGCGGGACGCACAGAUGGUGGUGACGGAGAUGGCGGCGGGGAUUUGUCGUCGCUGGUGUCUGCGGGACGCACAGAUGGUGGUGACGGAGAUGGCGGCGGGGAUUUGUCGUCGCUGGUGUGAUUUUAGACAGAGAGAGAAAAAGUGCAUGGUGCACCCGGCACAGCGCCCGGCUUUCACUCACUUGCAUCCCCUGGUGUGAGCUAUACUACUGCUGAUUGUUGGAAUACUUAUUCGUGGUUUCUUAACAACUUAUGCAUGCACCUGUUUGUAGAAUACGGCUUCCUAUGUUGAUGUUUUUUAUUUUUUUUCAUGGAAUCGAUACUCUAGGAUUAUGUCUUCUUUUAAAGUCCCUACGCUGAACGAGCCACGGAAGUACAAUACUGUCUAUUUACACAGUGCCGUUAUUUCGCGGGUUUUUGUUCACCUCAAAGAUUUUUUUUUGUCUUUUGUUUUUCUCGUGUUUUUUCUAGGUUCCAUGGAAAUCCAGACGACUAAGACUGGAUUUUUCAUUUGUAUCAUUUUUCUGCUUGCUCAUAAAUUUUGAGCGUUGAUCGCGAAGAUCAUCAGAUUUUAGUUUUCAAAAAUGAUCAACUUAAAAUCCCGAAUGCAAAAAAUUUCGAAAAUUCCUUGUUGGAGCUUCCCCUACGGAGUGCUGAAAUAUUCAUUUGUCCACAUGCAAGAUGCGAAGGUUGGGUUGGAUUGAUCAAGAUCCCGGUUUCAUCAGUUAUGAUUCGGAUACUAUUUAGAGUCGAUUAUGACUUAUUUGGUUGGGCAUGACUCUGUUGCCGAGUUAGAUGAAUGUUGAAAUUACUGUAUUUGCGAAUUCGAAGAAAGGUUAGGUUAUUUGUAUACCUGUAUUAGUUAAUUUCUGUCGGGGUUGUAUUAGUUGAGUUUAAUGUGACGCUUAUGUGGAUUUAGUUCAAGUUUAUCUUGUUCAAGUUGCGCAAUGAUGUCCAUUUAGCGUGAGAAUAUUCAAUCUGCCGUCAUCACAUCAGAGUGUAGAAAAUAUUCAAGUAGGUCGUGGUGCCGCUUAAGCAAAGAUAUGAAGUAUUGUACAGUACUGUAUAAAUACAAUAUUUCUUCUAUUAUGCUCUAUAUCAGUCUUCCCCAACCUUUGACGGCCUGCGGAUCAGCAAAUUUCCGUAAAAUUUUCUGAGGACUGGCAAAUUCCCCUGAAAUUUUCUGCGGACUGUCGAAGUUUUGUAAAAUUUUGGCAGGCUCAAGAAAGUAUUCCUUGAAAGAGUUUAUGGCAGGUAUUUAAAAAGUUUCCAAUUUUCUUUUGCAAAAGUCAAGAACUAUUGAAGCCAUAGUGAAAUGCCUUAAAAAAAUUGGAAAGGUUGGGCUUGAAUGAAGGUUUCUCAGAAUGAAAACAUCAAAAUAUUUUAAAUUAUUCUGCACUUGAAGCUUUGUCUGAAGGGUUUGGAUAAAAGCGAAAUUUCAUUUUUAAUCUGAUAAUUUGAACUUCCAUUGCCUUUCCAAAAUUUUUGAAGAAGAUAAGUGACUUUAUUGCUACUUCUGAUGCAUUUAUUUAUGCUACAGGAAAUUUCUUGAGUGCCGGCGGUGGUCCGCGUACCACGGGUUGGAACACUGCUCUAUAAUGUCCACCGCAAUACUUUUUGCGAUGAUUUUGAGUUCAGGAAUUUUAUAGUUGGUUCCCUUUCAGUGGGCUUACUUCUAUUUUUUUAUUUCAAGAGGGAUUGAUGACACUUCAUUUUUUUGGAAGUACCGUACUUCAUUUGAUUUUUUUUCGCUGAUGCGUUAUUUGUUGCGCUGACUCCCAGACCUUCCAAAACGUCUUUAGUGCCACUGCACUUUCUUGUCAAUUCAUAAAAAUCAUAUCUGACCUUGAACCGUUAUUUGCGGCAUUUUCUGUUCCACCACCUUGCAGUAUGGACUAAAAUACUGUACGUUGUGAAAAUUUUCCGCGACGAAUAUCUCUGCGAAUUUAUUCUAAAUCCUUCUAUUUAUUUUAGGUUCGCUGACUUAUGACUAGAACCGGCUGUGGGCCUUGGAGACCCACCGACAUCAACGAAAACCGAUUCUGAGACUGAAGAUGGAUUUUGCCUGGAAAUACCACUUUCAGUGGAAGGUGGAAGUUUUUAUACCGGCCAGUUCCUUUUUAUCUUUGAUUGAUUUUUCUGUUAGGGACGCGUAAUGUUCCCUUCAUUUUCUGUACCGUCCUUGUAGAAGAAUCCGUAUUUUUUGAAAUUCGUCUGCAGGGUUUAAUCCCUGUUGUGUUUUUCGGAACACAAGAAAAAAAGGUUGAUCGGUGGUUGCGAUACCUUUUUUUCUUUUUAUACACAUGCGUGAAUGGAAAGAUUAGCUUUAAGCGGUUCCCUUGAGCAGGCUUUUCCUAGGCGUGGCUGGGCAAUUGAGCCCGUCGCAAAACGGCACGCGUCCAAAAGAGCGCGUUAAUUAAUCAAUCAGUGCUUUUGGAGAGAGGAAGCGUUGGACGUCAAGCACAAAAUGGAACUUUUACAAAAGCAAUCCUUAGCGGUAGAUAGGGAUAAAAGUUUUUCUGAAAAAUGCAUUCUUUUUGCUUUUUAUGGCAUAAUUUGAUCAUCUGUAGCUCAAAGAAUUACCGAUACUGUAUAACUCCAAUCGAUCAGACGUUUGAUUUCCCGAGUAUUUGUUUGUCAUGAAAGUUUAAAAUUUUGAAAUGAGCGCUGUUUUCUGAAGUUUCGCUCAGCUGGUGGACUCGGAAAUAAUUUGAUUUUUAUCUCCUUCCCUACGUUUGGUUGUCAAAAUUUCAAAGUUUUAUUAGCUGAACUACCGUUGAUACCAAUUAGUUUGAGAAUUUAGAUUUAUAUCGUAGAUGGUAAUAUUUAAGCAUUGUUCUGUACUUCUGUGCCUGACUUUUAAUUUUUGUGAAUACACGCUCUGCCUUGGGAUGCGUUCAACUGUACCGGCAUCUUCAGUCGAAUGAUUUAUCCACACGAGGACGGUGUUGGAUGUGAUUUUGUUUUUCUGGAAGAAUGUUGUAUUAAGUUGUGCGAUUUGUGUGGGUCACUGCUGCGAGUAUCGUCCGUUUGCUUUAGAAAUGAUUACCUGAUUUUUUGUGUUGCAUGGCAUUAGAAUCGUCGUGCGUUGUCUGAACACGAAAUCGUUACCAAACUUAGUUCUAAUUUUUGAGUCAGUUACUGUAAUCAAUAAGUACUUUUGUUGAUUUGGAAUGACUAGUCAUACCGGUUAUGCAUUGUCUUUCGGAGUGAUUUUCAUCCUGAGGAUUCACUAAAAUUUCUGGGUAAUUAGUGAGUUGUGGACCAAAUCACCGAGAAGACUUGCGGUUUGCUGCAGAACGUUAGGCAGAGCUGUGAAAAUGCGCCGAUGUGCUAAGUGUGUUAAUCCCGAAGAUUCCCUCCUUUAGACGGGGCUUUAAAUUCUUCGAACAAAAGCUUUUGGAAUGAUUAUGUUCAAUUCACGAGAUGUAGCCUUACGAGUUUAAAUAAUUGGGCGUACUCUUGAGAAAGUGCUGAAAUGCUCGCGAUUCCUGUUCGGUUUGGAUGGUUUCUAGUGUCACCGGUGGGGUUAGGAUAGCGUUGACAAUCCUGUGUAACAGUGCGGGGAAUUUCGUACCGACGUUGCGUAGAAUAAAAAACCUUUCGGAAGCAUUUCUGACGAA